GCAAGAAACUGAUCAGGGCUUGGGAAGGCAGCGUUUUAUUGCAGAACUAUUGAGGGACUAACACAGACAGGUGACAUAAACGCAAACUGAAACUGAUGGGGAAGAGAGAUAUCAUUGUUAAGUGAUACCAACAUAAAAUAAUAAUAAUAAUAAAUAAAUAACUUUGCUGAUGGAUAUAUAAAAAAUAUGAAGACGGGAGAAUUUUAAACCAAUUCAUUUUUUUGUUUUCUGGUCAUUCUUGAAAACUUGGAAAAUGAUUGCGAUAAGAAAACGAUUUUCAGUUUUAAAGAAUCUGGAACCAAAAAAAAAUGAGAGAUCUCUGAAGCUGCUAUCAUCAAGUGACCAACUGUGAACUUUGCCUUCUGGGGACAUUUAUUGUUUUUUUCAAAGAACCAAACAUGUCUAUCAACUACAUUAUCACUCUUCACUACAACUACACAGGGAAGCUUGAUGUACGAGAGAAGAGAACGGGUGGCAUGGACUCAACUACUGUGGCCUUUUUAAUCAUAUGUAGCUUGAUCGUGUUGGAGAAUUUGAUGGUGUUAGUUUCCAUAUGGAAAAACCACAAAUUCCACAACCGAAUGUACUUCUUCAUUGGCAAUCUAGCACUUUGUGACUUAUUGGCGGGAAUAGCUUACUUAGUAAACAUCCUUAUGUCAGGAAAAAAUACAAUGAGCCUGUCUCUGACCGUUUGGUUUGUGAGGGAAGGCAGCAUGUUUGUAGCACUGGGGGCUUCCACGUUCAGUUUACUGGCUAUUGCCAUAGAAAGACACAUGACCAUGGUUAAAAUGAGGCCAUAUGAUGCAAACAAGAAAUACAGAGUUUUUCUCCUGAUUGGGACCUGUUGGCUUAUUGCUGUCUCAUUGGGAGCAUUGCCCAUCCUAGGUUGGAACUGCAUUGGUAACCUUCCUGUUUGCUCCACUGUGUUACCCCUUUACUCCAAGUUCUAUGUUGCUUUCUGCAUCAUCGUUUUCAUUGCCAUCUUGCUGGCUAUUGUUGUUCUGUAUGCCCGUAUCUAUGCGCUCGUCAAGUCCAGCAGUCGAAAGGUGACCAAGCAUAACAAUUCAGAGAGGUCAAUGGCUCUGCUUCGAACCGUAGUUAUUGUCGUUGGGGUCUUCAUUGCAUGCUGGUCCCCAAUAUUUAUUCUGCUUCUCAUAGAUGUGGCUUGCGAGAAUAAAAAAUGUGACAUAUUGUACAAGGCUGACUGGUUUAUUGCCCUGGCUGUUUUAAAUUCUGCCAUGAACCCUCUGAUCUACACACUGGCUAGCAAGGAGAUGCGCCGGGCUUUCUUCCAAUUGGUGUGUGGCUGUCUCUUCAAGACCAAAGCAGCAAAUAGCCUUCAAAUACAGCCAACGCCGGAUAACAGCCGAAGCAAGUCCAGCAGCUGCCAUUCCCAGAAGCAAAAAGAAGGAGAUUUUCCACAAAUCGUUGUACUGCCGAAUGCUAUUACAAAACCCGAGCCUUCACAUAACAGUGAAGGGUGCUGAUAGCCACGGAGACACUUUUAAUUGUGUGGACUUAAAUCUGAACAAGAACUUGCCUCUUCACUCUGUUUAUUGCCUAAAGACACAUACAACAGCAGCACAAAACUUCAAGUUUUGAGGUUUACUAAAGGACUUUUAUUUAACGUGCUUAAUGUUAAAACACUUUCUUCAGUUAAAAAUAUGCCUUUAAAACAUCAUGUUAUGAAAUGUCAGGUCGUUACACCUGAGGGGACAUAAUUAAAGUGUAAAUGACAUUGUAUUGUUAAAAAUAGAGUACUGUAUAAGAAAAUGAUAGUCAUAGAUGUAGUUAGUUGUAAGCAAAGUAUUAUUAUUUAUGUUCCUUUUGCUUUUUUAAUAUUAUUAUGUACUGUACUUUACAGGAAAAUAUAUCUCUGCAACUUAAUGAAAAAGUAUACUGAUUAAUUAUAGACAAACAGUUGAAGGAAAAGUAUUUACUGGUAUGCCUUAAAAGCUUUAUAAAGGUCUAUUGUUUAUGAUAUAUAUUCAAAUAUGUUAAGUGCUCAUGAAAUGCAGAAUUAACCCCAUCUGGUGGAUAAAAUGGGUUUCUGGAAUUAAAAUGAAUUUAUUGUCAGUUUCAAUAAAUCAGGGAGCUCAAUUGUGUAAAAUGCCAUUUUAAGUUAUAUGGUAUUCAAGAACACCAGUCAAUGAUACAAUUCCUGAUUUUGGCCACUAAGCUGGUUAUACAUGUGAAUGUUAUUGGAUUGUUUUAAGUAAUAUUGUAUUAAAGUGAAAUAUUUGAAUUUAACACAUACAGCACGUGCAUGGGCCUUUGAUGAUGAAAAGGGAGACAAACUAAGCCUUAAUGGUCUGUUGAAUUGAUCUAAAUUGCAGUGGUUUAAAUACCUGAAAAUUUAAAUACAGCCCUCUCAUGGUUAUGAAGCUCAGUAACCGUGAUUGUGAGUCACAUGUGUAUUUAUGCCAGCAUUUAGAUAAAUUGAAUAGACCCCUUAAUGUUUCUUGUUUGUUGAGUAUCAAUAAAUGUGUAUUAUUAUUGACACGCUACAUGUAAUAUAUAGUGUACAUAAAAGAUAUGUAAUAAGGUAAUUUAAAGUGGCAACAGUCAGUAUUUUCUUAGCUAUUAAAUAAAAUAAUGCAUGUGAACAAUUUAAAAUGUCAGUGGUGCUUGUUUUAUAAGAAAUGUACAUUUAUUUCUAUUAUGUUAAAAUCCUUCGGAGUGACUCUAUUGCAAUUCUAAAAUGUUUUUUUCUUUUACUUUUUUGAUAUAUUCUGGGUUUAGGGGCCUUUUCGAGUUCAGGAGCUUGUUUUAGUUGCCUGCAUUAGACUAAUUCAUCUCGAGAACAGGUAUUAAAGAUAUAGUUUAUUUUUGUUUUGCUGUCACCACAUGGCCUGGCUCUUAUUUAUUUAAAGGCACUUUUGUUUAUCUAGCCUGGUUUACAUAGGUAUGUGGCUUCACCUCACCAUACUAUAGCAACCCCUACUGGCCAGGCGCUCAGGGGUGAUACUUGUCCAGUAAUCCGCUGACAUCUGUUUUUUUCAAACUUCUUUAUUAUAACUUCUUUAUUAGUGUUUCAUUUCAGUAUUGAGAAAAAAAAAAAAAAUCUUUGAUAGAAGACUAGAUUUUUUGAGAAAAGUUUACUGCAUAUUCAUGUUUCUUACUUGUAAUAAUUAGUUUUCUAUUACUUCUUAAUGGCUCAAUUACUUUAUUUUAUUUAUCUUUAACAAAAGGUAAGAUGAUGUGUUUAUAAAAGCCAGUGUAACGCAGUUCUGUGGAUGAAUGAUUAUUAUUGUACGUAUUCUCCUUUACAGCCUGAC